AUGAUCACCUCUAAAUUCACAAUGCUGUUAGUAGCAAUAUUUGGUUCGUGUACAUGGAUUGGAACGAAUUCAGUCUGGAUGCAACUCCCGCUGUUCACCUCGGUGCUGCCAGAACACUGGAAUUUGCCUGCCUAUCUUGCAGUUGUUGUACAGUGUGGCUGUAUUGCUCCGCUCAUCUAUACAAUUGUCCACAAGCGAUGUAAAUCUGUUGAAAUCUCGCAGACACGUCUUAUAAUUUCGUUUUUGAUAGUGGCAUGCAUUUGCCAACUAGGGUUAGUCUUCUUGUGGAGGGAGACCAUUCUCAUAGGAAACAAAAACUACUCGGUUGCACUGUAUACACUGCUGUUUGGACUGGCUGUCGUUGAUUCUGUGUCCAAUGUGCUAUUCAUGCCGUUCAUGUCAAGGUUUAGUCCUCCAUAUCUGAAUGCGUAUUUCGUAGGCAUGGGAUUCUCAUCGUUGAUUCCCAGCAUUCUUGCACUCCUUCAAGGGACAUCGAAUUUCAAAUGUAUUGGCGAGGAGCCUCAUUACCUUCCGCCUCGAUUCACUGCAGCAGUUUUCUUUUUAGUUAUAUUCUUCUCCACAGGCAUCUCAACUAUUGCUUUUCUGAUUCUCUGCACUAAAGUCACGGAGAAGAAUCCGACUGAAAGAAGGGAAAAUUUAAACGGAGACAGUGGAUCAGGGGUGGCAGAAGUCACACAUCGAACUGAGGAAACGUUUUCUUCAACAGAACGAGAACUCUCGGGAUCUUCAUACGUAUUCAUCCUGCUCACGGUUUCUGUAAUAAAUGCUCAAAUGAACGGCAUCAUUCCCAGCAUUUCCAGUUUUGCAGCGUUACCGUAUUCACAAGACACCUACCACUACAGUAUAACUUUGUCCAAUGUGAUGAUGCCACUAGCUUCAUUUCUAUCGCUCUUCGUUAUAAUUAGGAAUCUUAAAAUUCUCGGACUACUAUCUGCAAUGUCCACAUGUGCUACAGCAUUUCUAAUCUACCUGGCCGCACUGAGCCCCUCCAGGAUCUUCAGUUCACAAUCUAUGGGCAGCGUCCUAUCGAUAUCAGCAUCCUUAGUAGCAUCUGGACUACAUUCCUUCCUGCGAAUAGCAUUUGCAUCUCGACUUCGUGAGUGCGGCGAUGAUGAAUCCCGUUUAUUUUGGUGUGGAGUGUUCACUCAGGUAUGUCCAUAUUAUACUUUGUAA